AUGGCAGCAUACACAUUACCGGAGGGAUUCUCCGAUUUUGACAUGUUUGCAUUCGGUUCAGCUCUUCUUGUUGGGGGUCUUGUUGGAUUCUUCCUCAACGGCGUUUCAAUAUUGGCCUAUAUUAGCGUAAAGCAAAUGCGAACUCCCAGUAAUUUCCUUGUCUUUAACCUUGCUGUGGCUGACAUUAUGCUCAAUACAACCGGCCUGAUUGCUGCAUACGCCAGCUUAACUUACAGACACUGGCCCUGGGGUCAAGACGGAUGUAACAACCACGCCUUCAUAGGGAUGACAGCAGUCCUGGCCUCUAUCAGCUUCCUGGCUACCAUCGCCUGGGACAGAUAUCACCAAUAUGUCACCAAUCAGAAGCUGUUUUGGAGCACGGCCUGGACUUUUUCUAUCAUUAUCUGGGGGUUGGCCAUCUUCUGGGCGGCCGUCCCUCUGACUGGUUGGGGAGUUUAUGACUUUGAGCCAAUGAGGACGUGCUGCACUCUGGACUACACCAAAGGAGACAAGGACUACAUCACCUAUAUGGGAGCCCUGACUGUCUUCUACCUUAUCUUCCCUGCUUAUGUCAUGAAGUCCAACUACGACGCCAUUUACGCAUACUUCAAGAAGAUCCACAAGCACAGGUGGAACACCAGCAUACCACUGAGGGUUCUGUUGUUCUGCUGGGGACCCUAUGAAGUCAUGUGUAUCUACGCCUGCUUUGACAACGCCAAACUGGUCUCUCCAAAGCUGAGAAUGUUGCUUCCUGUUUUGGCGAAAAUGAACCCUAUUUUCAACGCGUGUCUCUAUUCCUUUGGGAACGAGUUCUACAGAGGAGGGGUAUGGCAGUUCCUGACUGGCCAGAAGUUUACAGAGCCCGUCGUUGUCAAGUUAAAAGGAAGAUAA